AGAUGCCAGAGGUAGCGAUGACGACGGUUGCUCUGAUCCAAAUAACACUAACCGUAAGAAGAAGACCCGUACUGUGUUUAGCAGACACCAGGUAUCACAGCUGGAGCUAAUGUUCGACAUGAAACGAUACCUUAGCAGUCAGGAAAGAGCCCAUCUUGCACAGAAACUUCAUCUUACCGAAACACAGGUGAAAAUCUGGUUUCAAAAUCGACGUAACAAAUUCAAACGACAGGCGGCUACCGAUGAUCCGACAGCUACACUUCAGAUGCAUCGCACUAAUAUGUUCGGACAUACGAUGCCCACAUCAGAACGAAUUCAGUCAAUGUCUUCCAGGUGA